UGGGAUUUCUGUCGGCUGGCGAAUAGGGAGAGAAACAAAACGAGGAUAUGGCGUUUUCGAGAACGACAUUGGCACCUAAUGCCAGGGCCAUAAAACCCUGGCUCAUCCCUGCCCAGACUUCAUCUCUAACCGCCAUUACAGACAAGAAGCCACUACCCAGUUGACAAGCCGUGGCCAAGAAACAGACUCCACGGCCCAAAUCAGGAUGACGAAGACAGAAGAGGUUGGUCAAGACAUCCGUGAGGAACAUCUGCUUGUUCCCAUCAUUGCCGAGGGCACGGGGAAGACUGCGGAAAAUAAGGGCGCCCUGAGGAAGGAAGUGUAUAAUGCCGAGCUAUAUGCCGCUAUCCAGGAGUCCAAUAUUCCUAGAUGGAGCCCAUCCACCAUUCAUUUGUACUACUGCGUGUUUGUGGCCUUCUGCUGUGCAUGUGCCAACGGAUACGAUGGAUCCUUAAUGGGUUCCAUCACUGUGAUGCCUCACUUCAAGAUGACUAUGCACAGUCAAAAUGACGGCUGGCAGGUCUCUGUUAUGACUUCCCUUUAUUCGGUAGGUUCUAUCAUCACGACGCCUUUCGCAGCUGCCGUCAGCGACAGAUGGGGUCGUCGUGUCGGCAUGGUCUUCGGUUCGUUCGGUAUUAUUAUUGGAAGUAUCAUUGCGGCAAGUUCCUUCAGCCUCGCCCAGGUCACCGUUGGCCGGAUUGUCCUCGGAUCCGGAAUUCAGUUUAUGACUGUUGCAGCACCGGCAUACUCUAUGGAGAUUGCUCCUCCCCAAUGGCGUGGUCGUUGCACAGGUUUCUAUAACUGCGGUUGGUUUGGUGGCUCAAUUCCGGCUGCCCUGGUUACCUUUGGAUGCCAAUACAUUGACAAUAACUGGUCAUGGAGGGUUCCAUUCAUCUGUCAGUGUUUUGCGUGCUUCGUUGUUUUAGCUUCGGUCUAUUCCAUUCCGGAGUCUCCGCGCUAUCUUUUUGCCCAGGGCAGGGAGCAAGAAGCCGUCGAUUUUUUGGUGAAAUACCAUGGCAACGGCAACCGCCAUUCUCGUCUGGUGCAGCUUGAGAUUGAAGAAAUCCGGGAAAGUAUCCACCAGGAGAUCCGUGACAGACAGAUUGCGUGGUGGGACUACCGCUGCCUUUUCGACACUCGCGAGGGUCGUUGGCGUUCGGCACAGGUGCUAAUGAUGGGUGUUUUUGGUCAAUUCUCGGGAAACGGUCUUGGAUAUUUCAACCCUCAAAUCUUCAAUGAGCUCGGAGUAAAGUCCACGGCGCAGCAACUCGGCUACAACGUGCUCAAUUCAGUUCUCUCGGCGAUCGGAGCCGGAACGGCGGUCUCGCUAACUGACCGAAUGCCUCGCCGCAAGGUGUUGGUAUAUGGCACCUUUGCCUGUGCGGUUAUGCUGGCGAUUAAUGGUGGAUCCAACCACGCCUUUGGUGAGGACCAAAAUAACGUUUCGGCUGGCCGGGCAGCCCUCGCCUUUUACUUCCUUUUCAACGUGGUGAACUCUUUUACUUAUACCCCUUUGCAAGGUGUUGUGCCCGUCGAGGCCCUUGAUAACCGAAGACGUGCAAAGGGCUUGGCCUUCUACGGAUUCCUGACUGGUUGUCUCGGAUUCAUCAACACAUUCUGCACCCCAAUCGCCAACAGGACCAUCGGUCUGAAUUAUAUUUGGGUAUUUGUGGGCUGGGACUGUGUUGAAGCCGUUUGCUGGUAUUUCUUUGGUGUCGAAGCUCAAGGCCGUACACUUGAAGAGCUACAGUGGGUUUACGAGCAACCCAACCCAGUCAAAGCUUCUCAGCACGUUGACAAAGUGGUGCAACAGGCCGAUGGCACUAUCACCGAGAAGAUUGUCGACCGCAAUGCCUAGCUUGAUAUAUCUGCUAACCAUGUGGAUGCAUGAUUAUUCUCCUCUGGGAACUUGAACAGCAUCAUAACCAGAGUUUGGGUGGAAUUAAUUGUGGACAUAGGACCCUCAAAAAUAUUUUCCCCUGGUU